AUGUUGGAAACCGUAGCAGAAAAGAAAAUCCCGCCGCCACUGCCACCCAAGACCCGCCGUGGCUGUCUGAAAAACAGCGGCGUCGAAGGAAACUGUGGCGGCGGCGCGACCAUUCUGCAGUCCAACGGUCACGUGGUGAAAAUCCGAAUAGACCCGAUGAUGGUUGACGGAGGCGGCGGUGGUGGUGGCGGUGCCGGUGACCGCUCCGAACGGGACGACGGGCCGCGCCGUGAGCACUCGGUGGGCCGCCGGUCAAGUACGGUCAAGAUAAACAUUACUUGCGUGGACCCGUUCGUGUUCCGCCGGCACUACACCGACGUGGACGACGACGACGACGAGGACGAUGACGAGGACAGGCGCUCGUCGUCGGGACACCGGUCGCCGCUGGACAGCGGCACGGGCAGCGACCUGGACACGGGCAGCCGCCGGGACGAGAGCGACGACGGGACGUGCAGUUGCGAUUCGCUGACGAGCAGCACGGCGGAUCCCGAGACGGCUGUGAUGGCCGUCGAUCUGGCACCGGGACGGGCGGUCGUGGCCGCCCAUGCCGUUGAGCCGGUCGCGUCCGAUCCGGUGACCGUCGAACCUACGGCGCCGGCGCUGCAGGUCUGUACGGCGGCCGGGGUCGUGGCCACGGUCCCCGUCGCAAAGGCCGUCGAAGAGCUGCCCAAACGUUCGACGCCGCAGCCCGUCCGCGUCGAACAGCGGUGCUACAACGACACGUCCGAGGCCGCGGUGGUCGCAACCGACCGCAUCAUUGAUAUGGACAACACGGACCAGUAUUACAGCUUUCACAUGAACGAGAACGUGUUCGACGAAGUGGACGCGGCAGCCGUGGCCACGGCCGCCUCGCCGUCGGACGACACGUUCGCGGGGUGCAAGACGGUGGCCACCUCGGACACGAUACGCAGCGCUAAGGGUACGAUCAGGGGAGUCAAGAACCGCGUCAGGGCCGGAAUAGCGACGUUCUUGCAGCCCAAAACCAACAAGGUGAGUUUAACCGUCUCGGAUAUUCAUAUUAUUGUAUACUAUUAA